UCAGGAUUUAUAAAGAAUGUCAGUCACAUUUUCAUCCACACGCCCGAGAGGGAAAGCAGAUGUGACCCAGCAGAGCAUCCAGAAGAUGCUGGAUGAAAAUCACCACCUGAUCCAGCGUAUCAUGGACUAUCAGAGCAAAGGAAAAACCACAGAAUGCACACAGUAUCAGCAGAUCUUACACAGGAACCUCGUGUAUCUGGCAACCAUCGCCGAUUCCAACCAGAACAUGCAGUCAUUGUUACCGGCGCCUCCGAAUCCGGGGGUGGGGAUGGGCGGAGGUGGUCUGGGCGGAGGUGGACUGGGCGGGUCUCUACAUUCUCAGAGUAACCUGAAUGACAACAUGGCUCCGUCAUCACUGAUCCAGAACCAGAUGAGUAACGUCUCUAUGAUGCAUCAGCAAGGUGCAGGACCUCAUUAUUCCUCGUCUGGUGGGCAGCACUACCAGGGCCAGCAGUCUCUGGGCAUGAUGGCACCUGGUAGCCAAGGCAACAGCAUGAUGGCACAAAGGCCUAUGGGAAGCUAUCAUCCGGCUCAGCAAGGUACGUCUCAGCUCCUUCCUGCAUCUGGAUCGCAGUACAUGGCUCAGGAGGAGUUCUACGGAGAGCAGUACGGACACGCUCCGAGCUCCAGUGAGCCCAUAAACCAGCACUAUUACCCUGAUGGUCAUGGCGAGUAUUCGUACCAGCAGUCCACGUAUGGUGAGCAGAGCUAUGAGAGAAGCUUUGAAGACUCAUCACAGCAUUAUUAUGAAGGCGGAAACCCUCAGUAUAACCAACAGCAGUCUCAGUAUCAGCAGAGCUCAGGUCAACAACAAGCGUUCAACCAACAACAGUACCAAUCAAUCAACCAAUCACAAUCCGGAUACAGCAACCAGGGUUACGGUCCGGGACAGGGCGGUCCGUCUCAGUUCUCUCAGUACCAGCAGGGUCAGAGUCAGCAGUAUUCUUCAUAUCGAUCCUCACAGUCCGGACCUGCUACUCAAUCACAGAGAUCGUUUACUUACGAACAGGGUCAGUUUGGGAACUACCAGCAGUAAGGGUGCACGAUGAUGGUG